AUGACAAGUGACGAUCAGUUCUUCUUCGACUAUCUUGCUUCCAUACCCCAUGACGUAAGGCGGUACUCCGAGCAAGUCGCCGACUCAAUCGACCGAUCGGUUGACCAUGCAGCGAACGCUAUCCGAAAUACUUUGUCCGAGCAGACAUGGCUACCGUCCUCUGUGCGGCCGCCGAUGCGCGCCUCUCAGAUGCGGUCAUCUCCCCGCGGCCUGACCGACCGAGUCCAGGACUGGAUGAUUCGGAAUCGCGCUUGGACCGCGGCUAUCCUUGCGUUUGUCGGGACUGGCUGUGUCCUGCUAUAUGGAAACAAGAAACUGAACGCGAAACGGAGGAAAGCUAGAAAGGCGGGUAAUGGGGCCCGAAAAGAGAUUGUUGUUGUUGCUGGAUCACCCCAUGAGCCUAUGACUAGGGCAAUCGCGACGGAUCUAGAGCGCCGGGGAUACAUAGUUUAUGUGACGGUUUCAUCUGCGGAUGAGGAACAUAUUGUCCAGUCGGAGAACCGGGCCGAUAUCAAAGCGCUUUGGCUGGAUCUGACCACCACACCCUCGAACCCCUCAGAUCUUCACCCUUCUCUACACGAAUUGCGCACCUUGAUCACCCAGCCGCAGUGCCCUUCACCGGGAAUGCCCUCGCAUACCUGUCAACUAAGCGGUCUCAUCAUUGUACCCUCGACAAAUUACACCGCAGGCCCCGUUGCAACCAUUCCGCCUUCCUCAUGGGCAGAUACCGUCAACACCCGCCUCCUUUCUCCGAUCCUCACCGCACAGGCCUUCCUUCCCCUUUUGACCCUCCGUAACAACAGCAGCACCAUCGUCUUCGCCUACCCAGCUAUCUCCUCAUCCUUAUCCGCCCCCUUCGCCGGUCCAGAGGUCACCGCCACCAGCGCCAUCUCCGCCUUUGCGGCCUCUUUGCGACAAGAGCUCCAGCUUCUUGAGCGUGGCAAUGUUGAUAUCGUGGAGCUCCGCAUGGGCAACAUUGACCUGGGCCCUGCUUACCGUAACUCGCAGAGCCAGAUCGCUGGAACAGAGGUAUUGGCUUGGAGCGUCCAGCAGCGCGCCCUUUACGCUCCUCAGUACAUGUCUAGCGUUGAACAGCGACCUGUCGCAUCUGCGGGCCCUGGUGCCACGCGUGGUUCUUCGGCACGGUACCUCCAUCAUGCUGUGAUGGAUGCGCUGGAGCCCUCGACUGUGAAUUUCCUUGGACGGAAGAAGUCCAAGAAGUCAGUCAUGUACGUGGGCCGGGGCGCCCGAUCCUACAGCGUGAUUGGCGCAUGGGUUCCGAGUGGACUAGUGGCCCUAAUGAUGGGUUACCACACUGGUCAUUCAGGCAACGAAAGCCCCAGCAGUGGUAGCGAAACCAGCUGA